CCACAGCCCCUCGUUUCCAUAAGUACAUACAACUUCCACUUAUAGCCGCACAUCUGGCAUAGCUGACUCGUACAUCAGGCUCGCAGUUUACGAUCUAUAUGCUUCUUAUUGGAGGAUAUCUUCAAAGCAUUUACUAGUUGCUACUGCUUCAGUGGCGCUGACAAUCACUAAGUACUUAACUACCUGCUGGGUUUGACCGCUGCCUAGAUUGUGGUCAGCCGCAAAGCAAACGGCAGAUAACUGACUCGACUCACGGCCUAAUAUAAAGCGCUUCCUUGAUUUUUUACAUUCAAUCGAUACGUGUUUUUUCAGUUCAACAGAAGAGAAGAGAAAAUGAGUAAAAGAGAUCUCAACAUGCCCCGUCUCCCACCGCGAGGCGUUCAUCGCUUCCCGACUCAACAGCCCGAACCGCCCGAGAAGCAGGAAGCUGAGUCAGAGUCAGAGUCAGAGCAGGAAACAGAGUCAGAUCUGGAAACCGAGUCAGAGCAGGGAACCGAGUCAGAGCAGGAAGCAGAGUCAGAACCGGAAAUCUUCUAUCCCAGUCUUCGCGAUGCCAUAGAAGUCCGCGGGAUUUUACGGCUAGGACUUGUCCCUGAAGGUCUCCCUACCGAGAUUGUCGAUCUUAUCAUCGAUACAGCCGAGUACUGGCCGUCCGUCGAGGCGAAGCUAUCAGGUCCAACUAUCGUGCGUCAAGAUGCUGAUCGGGAGCUUUUGAGAACGCCCCCUUUGUGCUUAGAGAAACAGGAAGACUCAGCAUCACCAAAAAUACUUCCGCACCGAGGAUCGCAUCCAUGUCGCAAGAUUAUCUUCAACAUCUGGUCCCAGGACCAAGGUUGGGGCGGUGGCCCACGGAACCGGAAUUCCAGAUAUGACGGAUCUUAUUCUUGGUUCGAUGCUUUUAUCAUCUCCGCGGACAGUGCAGAAAGAGAAUCAUCAGAAGAAAGACCCCUUGAAGCUCGCAUAAAACCCGGCGAGCCAUAUUUCAUCCCCACUGGCAAUAAACUACAGUCUAAUGUGGUUGCCAGGGACGAGGUGGAGCACCAUCACAUCGUGUGGCAUCAUGAAGAUUCAACCCACGCGGAUUCGCCUGAGGCGUGGGAUACGGAGCUCUUUCAGGGACGCGGACGAGGUACUCUUGAUGGCAGUGCGGUGAGGGAGAUGAAGAUUGGCGAUUCAGUGUCCGUAUGGGCUAGGGCACGAUUUCCUGGAUGGUCGAACCAUGUGGAAAGGCUUUCAGUCAGAGUUUAUUGGUCUGUGUAGAUAUUCGGAUAUGUGAAAAUACCCGAGACACCCAGGAUUAAUUUCAUGAGGCUGUAGUCUCUUUUUGUCUUGACUCCUUCAUACUAUUCUAGCAUAUCAAACAUCAUCAGGAAUAACCAACUCACUUGUGACAAAAUAGAGUAGAAUAAGAAUCAACUAUCAUGCUGUAGUUCAUCUUAGA